AUGGUCGUGAACGCUAUAGCUGGACCAUCUCGGCCACGCGUCGACCCCGAUCUGCCGACGGCUCAGCCUGCCACCGUGGACCGUCGAGCUGCUCAUCGCCAACGGCGCCGUGGUGGCGCCUCCGUGCCGCCCUCGACUGCAGUGUCAAUUUCGGGGACCGAGCCGCAAGCACGCCCCGCCGCGCGCGGUCUGAGCAGCAGGUGCCGCCGUUGCCUCGUCACUUUGGUGGCCCUUUCCUUCUCGACCUCGCUCGUGGUCGUGUCUGCCGCCGUUCUACCCGUGAGAGGCUUGGCCAAUGCAAGUGGAAUUCGCCCCAGAGCGUUGAUCGUGAGAAAGCCUGACCCCGAUGCCGAAGGGUUCGCUCUGCCCCAUCGGCCGAUAGGGGUCGACCGGCCGAAGGGAUCGUCGCCGCCUGGAACAGCAGCGUCGGAGCAAUACCCCCCCGUACCCAACAAGCUAGCUAUCUUCGCACCUGCCAAGUCCAUAGUCGACUUACGCCACCUCUACAAGUCAAUAUCGGCUGCCUCCUCCUGUGUCACGCGCUCGAGCGACGGCGCCGCCCUGGCUCCUGCGCAAGUGCUCGUCCCGAGAGCAGUCGAGUCGUCGACGAGCACGCCAACAGCGGCACCAGCUGUCGUACGUCUCAUUGAACGAACGAAUGUGUAGACGACACCUUGGAGGCCUGAGCAACUAAUGUGGAUUUUUUUUGCGCUGUCUGGGUGUGUAGACUACGAACUACCCCUCCGCCUCUAGUUGGGCCUUAUUAGCGACGACGUCCGCGGCGUCGGCGUCGACCUCGACCUCGACCCCGUCGUCGACGACAUUCGCUGCGGUAUCAACCUCGACUAGUGUUCCCAGCAACUACACGCUCCCAGAAGCUUUCGAGUGAGUUUCACUGCGUAGCCUUAUGUGGUGCCGUAGAACAGACCACACCACCUCGAUCUUUCCCAACACGGAAGACUGCGGCUCCAGAACUGACGAGGGGCUUUGCAAACCUUGGAAUUUUCCUUAGUGCCACCCUCGGCACCAACUUUACCUCCACGGCAUGCCCUUCGUUUUUUCGCACCUUUCUCGCCAACCCCGCUUUGUGAGUACACUCGAUGUUUUUCCGCGCGGCCCAACUCGGUGUUCUGGCGCUGAUUCGAUCGUGUCUCCGGCGUCGGAUCUGGCCCUAUCGGAUGUCUCAGUAUCGCAUGCACCCCCUUCUCGCUUCUGAUGAGCACAUCCAAUGGGUUCUUCAUGGCCGCACGGUCACCGUUCGCACUUCUGCCGACUGUACUCAAUGCGGCGUGUGCGGCUCCUGUCGCCACUUGCACGACGCUCAUGAAUGAACUGGCUGGCCAGCUCGCCAAAGCCAAAAACUGCGGCAACGACCUGUCGCGGCGCAACCCGCUCGUCCUCGAAGCACUCGAAGGAUUCCAAAAUUAUGCGAUGAUGUACCAAGCCGGCUGCCAACGCAACAACGUCACAGCGCAAUACUGCUUCGCCGAGGCCAACGUCGCGACCGACCCCUCGGCGCAGUACUAUUAUUAUCUCCCCGAGGGGACCUCUCUCCCCUCGGGAACGGUGCCCGAAUGCGGCUCCUGUACCCAGGGCCUUAUGAAUAUCUACGCGUGAGUCAGAAGUGGAGGGUUCCGAAAGCUGCUUCGUUCAGCAGGUUGAUGAGCUCGACCCGAUGCCUUGCCUCUGUGUCCGCCGCUGCCGCUUCUGCCACCAUCAGCCAAUAUGCCCGCAACUCGACCUACGUGAUCAGUCAGACCUAUGGUGGGGCCCGUACACAAACAGCACUAGCUUGUGGUCCCAACUUUGCGCCUCUGAUCGCCGUCGCUUCGACAUCCGCCGCUGCGCCACACGUGUCGUCGGCAUCCGCAUCGGUGUCGCCGUUAUUGCUGUUUGUGGUCUUGAUGACUUCUUUGUACCCCAUUCUACGUUAG